AACAACCAUUAUUUGAGGUUAGGUUCCUGUGCGUUGCAAUUCGUUCAACUGAAAAGUGAAACUGUGAGAAUAAAAUCGGCAAGGUGGAUGUAUGUCAGGCAGAAGAUUUCCUGCCCUUUCAUUGUUUUGUGCUCGUGUUACAGAUCAUAGAUUGAUGCACAGUAAGCCAGUCAAAAUCACAGCUAUAACUCAAAGCUGGUUGUGAGUUGCACCAGAACCAACGAAACACAUAGCGCAGUCUACUGAACCUCUGGUCUGAACGGACUCCAAACAGUCCUCCCUUAUAUCUCUCCACAAGUCCUCACACUAAGCAAGGAAACAAUUUAAGGGUCCAUCAUGUCAUUGGCUGAUGAACUUCUGGCUGAUUUGGAAGAUGGAGAUGAGCAAGUAGAUGAGUUCAUGGUAGAAGAUAUUGAUAUCAAACCAGAUAUCAAACCAAAUAUUAAACCUAUUGAAGAUGAUAUCAAAGCUGUUUCCAUUCAUCAGCUAGCGACCUUAAGCUCAUCAGAUCGGUUGAAGUAUGUCAUGGGGGAGAUUGAAAAGUACCAAUCCAUGCCACAUAGUAUCGAUAUUGUGGGGCCUGUUGAAGCAGACUCAGAAUACCAGCUCAUAGUUGAAGCAAACAACCUAGCUGUUGAAAUAGAUAAUGAAAUAGUGGUGAUCCAUCGAUUUACUAGAGAAAAGUAUUCAAAGCGUUUUCCUGAGCUAGAAUCCCUGGUUGCAAGCCCUCUGGAGUACAUGAUGACAGUGAGAGAACUUGGCAAUGAUCUUGAUCAAGCAAAAAACAACGAAAAACUUCAGCAGUUCCUGACUCCAGCAAUAAUCAUGGUUGUGUCUAUUACUGCAUCCACAGCUCAAGGACAGCCUCUUACGGAUCAAGAACUGCAUGAUGUAUUCGAGGCAUGUGAUAUGGCAGCUGAACUCAAUAGGUGUAAGCAACAAAUAUAUGAAUAUGUAGAGAGUCGUAUGACGUUUAUAGCACCAAACUUGUCUGCAAUAGUUGGAGCAUCAACUGCAGCCAAGUUAAUGGGAGUUGCCGGCGGGCUAACUAGUUUAUCAAAAAUGCCUGCAUGUAAUGUCCAGCUCCUUGGUAGCCAGAAAAAGACUUUGGCAGGGUUCGCCCAAGCCUCAAUAUUGCCUAAUACUGGUUUCAUUUUUUAUUCUGAUUUUGUGGAGAGUCUUCCUGCAGAAUUGCGGAAGAAAGCAGCCAGAAUUAUUGCUGCCAAAAGCACGCUGGCAGCCCGUGUCGAUGCCUGUCAUGAAGCACCUGAUGGUAAUAUUGGACGCAUGUUACGAGAGGAAAUCGAGAAGAAAUUUGAUAAGCUGACAGAACCACCCCCGGUGAAAUUUGUAAAGCCACUCCCAAAACCAAUCGACCCAAGCCGCAAGAAGCGAGGAGGGAAAAGGGUCCGCAAAAACAAAGAAAGGUAUGCAAUGACAGAGCUGCGGAAACAAGCAAACAGGCUAAAUUUUGCAGAAAUCGAUGAUGAUGCAUACCAAGAUGAUCUUGGCUACUCCCGUGGAACAAUUGGCAAGACUGGAACAGGACGCAUUAGAGCUGCGCAAGUUGAUGAGAAAACCAAGGUGCGAGUUUCCAAGACGCUACAGAAGCAUAUGCAAAAGCAGCAAGUUUAUGGUGGCAGCACAACUGUAAAAAGACAAAUAUCGGGUACUGCGUCCAGUGUUGCAUUCACUCCUCUGCAAGGCCUGGAAAUUGUGAACCCACAAGCAGCUGAAAAACGAACCAAUGAAUCUUCGGCCAAGUAUUUCUCCAAUGUUGCUGGUUUUAUCAAGGUCAAAAAAUCUGAGAGUUAACCGAUUUAGCAAGAUUAAAAUUCUUCCUUUAAAUUGUCAUCACAAGGGUUAAGAAGUGAACCAACAAAUUUGUCGGUAAAUAUCUCUUGAAAGUUGCUCAUUUCACCAAGUUAACAAGUACCUAAUGAAUGAUUGAGACUUCAAGACUGAUUAAUGAUUUUGAUAUAGAUCUGGAAUAAUUUUUACUUUUCUGCAAGUCUUGGAAAUCGCAAACCUAGAGGCAAGUCAAAAAUAGUUCAUCAAAUCUUGAAUGAUAUUUUUGAAUUCCCUCAAAAUCUCACCUGCGGGUUGAUCAAUGAGUUGUCAUUGAAUGAUUUUGAUUGAUAGAUCCCUUGUUCAAAAAUUGUAUUCAUCGAUCAAGGUCAUUUGAUAAUGAUUCAAAAAUUUAGGUGCAGUUUUAAAGAGAUGCGGUGUCUCCACUGUAUUUCAACUUGCAGGAUUGCACCUCAGAAAACGUCUCUAAAGUAUCACAUCAGGUGAUGUAUUUUCAGUCGCUGUUUUUAUUCUUAGUGAAGAACUGAACAAAUGAUUGGAAAUUUUUGUUUUUAUCAAGAAUGUCGGUGUUCCACCCCUAAUAAUAUUUUCAAUUUAAUGUUAAUGCUGCAAACAAGUCAACCUUGCAUUGCAUAUUAGUAUGCGUUCGUAUCUGUUCCUCUCUGCUGUCCUCUAUCCUUUUUUUUUUUUUUUUUUUUUUUGAGGUUUUUUGUUAUAUAAUACAUAUUAAAAGAAAAAGGCUUAAGCCAUGUCGCCCACUAAAGCUCAUCUUCUCUUCUCUUGUUUUCCUCUGCUGUGCACAAAUUAACUCUAUGACAGGUUAUGGGUCCAGCAUGCUUCCGCCGCGCACAGAUUAACUCUACGACAAAGAAGACUAUCUGAGAAAUAACAAGUCCAUUGAUGAGAUAUUAUAAAGUCCCAGUUGUUUAUGUGUUGACUGAAUGUUAAAAUACUACAAUAAAAACCUUAUUUUGUGCUGGAUUUUUCA